UUUGUGUCUAGGGGAUCCAGACGGCAGUUUCAGUGAGAAGAAGAGAAAUGCGCGCCCUAGUGACUCUUUUUGCCGUUGGCAUUGUUGCCGUUGCAGGCAACAAGGUAAUUCACCCAAUAGUCGGCGGAGUGGACACUUCAAUCGUAAACCAUCCAUACACUGCAUCGCUGUUGUACAGCGCAGACUUAGCGGCCUACGUUCAAUCUUGUGUUGGCGCUAUUCUUAACAGUAAAACUGUGUUAUCCGCCGCUCAUUGUUUCUAUGGUGAUGCAACUUACUCUUGGAGGAUUCGCGUGGGCUCUGACUUCGCUAACAGCGGUGGUACCGUCUCCAUGACUUUCCGUAUCCUCAACUAUCCCGACUUCAACCCCUUCUACUACGAAGGUGACUUAUCCCUGCUGCAGUCCUCCUCGGCGUUCAUCUUUAGUGACAGGAUCCGACCCGCUUCCAUUGCUGGCCCCAACUAUAACGUCGGUGACAACCAACCCCUGUUGGCUAUUGGUUGGGGUAAAAGCUCUGCCAACGCAACAGUUACUGAGAGAUUGAGACAAAUUCAAGUAAACCACAUCAACUUGACCACAUGCAGAAACAUAUACCGGGUCCUGUCGAUGUACCCAAGUGAAGUGAUGUUGUGCUCCGGCUGGCUCGAUACUUAUCGAGGCAAGGAGUGCCAGGGCACAACCGGAGGUCCUCUCCUACACAACAAUGUGAUCGUCGGAGUCACCUCAUGGGGCGAACAAUGCGUCCUAAACCAUUACCCUGGUAUUAGCACUCGCAUCUCCAACUACACAUCAUGGAUUCAAGCUAACGUCUAAGAAUCUUAAAUAAAUUCGAUUUAAA